CUUUUCUUUCCUUGUUUGCAUUAUGACCACAUGGUUGCUCACAUCCAUAUAUUUAGUUGAGCCCGUGCAGGUAACAACUAAGUUGAGUAGUGCUUGUUAAAGGAUGAGCCAGUGACGUCAGUAAAGACCAAACAGGUUCUCCAUCAACACUUGUCAUCUUCACACUUUUCAAGGUAAGUCAUCAAUUUGCGUUUGGUGGUGUUAUGCUCUAAAAGGCCAAUGGUCGGUUUGCCCCCCCUGUGGUGCUCAACGGGGCCCCCUUGCAGAUGACCCCGCUGGCGGCCACGGUGUUGGUGCUGAGCGGCGUGUGUGCGGUACCUCUUCACGGCCAGGUGGACCCUCGGCAGGUGGACCCCCUGACGGUGCCCCGCGCAGACCCGCAGUGCUGGGACUCGGCGUCGGCUCGCCUCCUGGAUAUGCGCUCGCCCAGGGUGGCCGACACGGUGGACGCCUUCUGGGAUCUGAUGGAGGUGCUGCGGGUGUCGGACAACGGCAAGCACAAGACCCUCUUCUGGGACCUGGCGCGGGUCUUCUGGGAAAUCUACCUGGACUGCGUCAUGUCCAGGAGCCACGGCCUCGGACGGAGACACGUCACCAGCGUGCGCUCCCUCAGCACGGACAAGUUGUUCAAGUUCAACAGCUCAGGCGCAAACUGCAGUUUGCGGCUCAGUUUCCGGGUGAGACGCAAAGAUCACAUCAAAACCAUGAAGAGCAAAGCUACUUGAA